AUUAAUUUAUGGAUAUCGAACAAGAAUAUGAUCUGUUCGUAAUAGGAGGGGGAUCAGGAGGUCUUGCUUGUGCUAAAUAAGCUGCAAAAUUAGGUGCAAAGGUGGCUUUAGCUGAUUUUGUAAAACCUUCACCUUUAGGAACAAAAUGGGGAUUAGGUGGAACAUGUGUAAAUGUAGGUUGUAUUCCAAAAAAACUUAUGCAUUUUGCAGCUACAUUAGGAGAAUUAAGACAUGAUUAAGUUGAAGCAGGGUAUUUAAAAUUUUAAGGAUUUUUAGAUGGAUAGACACAUAAGUAGAUUCAAAGCAUAAUUGGGAAAAAAUGGUAGAGAAUGUGAAUAACCAUAUUCGUAAAUUGAAUUUUGGUUAUAAGAAUCAAUUAUUGAGAUAAGAUGUGAAAUAUUACAAUAAAUUAGCAGAGUUUAUAGAUGCAAAUACAAUAAAGGUAAAAAUAAGAAAUAUUAAAAGUUAACUGAUAAUAAAGGACAAAUUGAAACAGUUAGAGCUAAGACUAUAUUAAUUGCAGUUGGAGGUAGACCAUCAUACCCAGAAAAUAUUCCUAAUAUUUAAAAUUUAGUUAUAACAUCUGAUGAUUUAUUUUGGUUAUAAGAGAAUCCUGGAAAGACUUUAGUUAUAGGUGCUUCUUAUGUUGCAUUAGAAUGUGGAGGAUUUUUACAUGGAAUAGGAAAUGAAGUAGCUAUAAUGGUGAGAAGCAUUUUAUUAAGAGGAUUUGAUUAAGAGAUGGCAGAAAAGAUUGGAUAAUAUAUGGAAGAGAAAGGAAUAAGAUUUAUUAAAGGAAGUGUUCCAGAUAUGAUAGAAGCAACAGAAGACAAUAAGAGAAAAGUGACUUGGAUAAUUAAUGGAUAAAAAUAAGAAGAAAUAUUUGAUACAGUUUUAGUUGCAACAGGUAGAGUAAGUGAUACAUAAAAACUAAAUUUGGAUAAAGUUGGAGUAAAAAUGAAUAAAAAUGGUAAAAUAUUAUGUUCUGCAGAUGAUAAGACUUCAGUUGCUAAUAUCUUUGCAAUAGGUGAUUGUGUUGAAGGUAGACCAGAGUUAACUCCUACAGCAAUUAAAUGUGGAUAAUUAUUAGCUAAUAGAUUAUAUAAUAAUGGCAAUGAAUUAAUGUCUUAUGAAUUUGUGGCUACAACUGUAUUUACUCCUUUAGAAUAUGGUUGCAUAGGAUAUAGUGAAGAAGAUGCUAUUAAGAAAUUUGGAGAAGAGAAAAUUACUGUUUAUCAUUCAAUAUUUAAACCAUUAGAAUGGAAUUAUUUUGAAAUGCACUCAGGUGAAAGUUGUUUUGCUAAAUUAAUUGUUUUAAAUGAUAAUCGUAGAAUUAUUGGAUUUCAUUAUCUUGGACCUCAUGCUGGAGAAGUUACUUAAGGAUAUGCAGUAGCAAUUAAGAUGGGAGUGACAAAAGAAUAAUUUGAUUCAACUGUUGGUAUUCAUCCAACUUGUUCAGAAGUAUAUUUUUAUUUUUAUUAAAAAGGAACUUGUAUAAGUAACUGCUGUUAAAGGAAUUGAUGAUGCUUAAAAAGAAGGUUGUUGAGGUUGAGUCCCCUAGCCUAUUUGGCUAGGGGAUGUUUUAAAUAAAAACUCCACCUAACCUUUAAUAGAAGUAUUCUGAUGCUAAUUUCAAGGAAGAAAAAUAUUUGUUUGUUUUAAUUAAAACAAACUUAAUGAAACAUUUAUUGGAAAUUAAAUAAAUAAAUGUUGAAAAAGG